CAUCUGAUCGGUCUCUUCCCAUUACCUAUUUUGGUCUGACUUCUUUGUGCUGAACCUAGAUGAUGCCCGGCGCCGGCAACUAGAUCCUGCAGUGAUCCUGAUCCUGCAUGAUCCUGGCGGCCGCACAGAUGUUUGCACGUGAUUCCACCUUAUCGUUCACACAGCCCUUAUCAAGUCUACCAUUGGACACUUCGUAACCUCGACUUGACGAACCACAGGCCGUCACCCAAGUAUGAACAUCAUCCAGUAGUUGUCACAGUCAAGUAUCAAGAGAAACUCUUCCGUCAGCUCGACAAGCACGGACUAGAUUGUGGUCUACAGCGUAUACGACACAUAUAAUUAGAACUCUUGAAACCAAGCCGCGCUGCACACCACGAAUUGGCCUUGUGCUAAGGACAACCAUGUCUUCUGACGAGCAUCGAAGAGAAGAGCCGGACCUCAAACCAUGGAUCGCCGGGAUGCCCAAAGCUGAGCUUCACGUCCAUCUGGAAGGCUGCCUUACGCCACAACUAGUCCGCCAACUUGCAGAGCGCAACAACAUCUCUGUCCCCUCAUCACUAUCCUCUCUAGACCAGUCUUCAGGCUACUCAUUCCACGACCUGACCACCUUUCUGGCCGUCUACUACCCAAACAUGGCGGUGCUGCAGACGGAACAUGAUUUUCGCGAUCUAGCUCUGGAUUACCUCACCCGCGCCCAUGCACAGAACGUCAAGCAUGUUGAACUCUUUUUCGACCCGCAAGCACACACCUCGCGUGGUGUUCCCUUUCCGACCGUCAUCCGAGGGUAUCGGGUCGCCUUGUUGUUGGCGCAGCGCACACUCGGUAUAUCUGCGAGCCUGAUCAUGUGUAUCCUGCGAGAUCAGUCUCCCGAAUACGCCAUGGCCACGCUGAUGGAAGCUUUGCCAUUCAAAGACGCCAUCAUCGGUAUUGGGCUGGAUUCGGAUGAGCGAAACAAUCCGCCCUCCAAAUUCGCUGCGGUCUUCCAGCGAGCGAGUAAAGAAGGCUUCCUCCUCACGGCUCACUGUGACAUAGACCAGGUCAACAGUAUUGACCAUAUCAGACAGGUCAUACACGAGAUCCAAGUUGAUCGCAUUGACCACGGGACAAAUAUCGUUGAGGACGAUUCUUUGGUUGAUAUUGUCCGGGAGAAAGGCAUCGGCCUAACAUGCUGUCCUAUCUCAAAUUCGGUAGUCACGGACGACUUUAAGGGCAAAGAAAUUGUGGAUCUACUUCGUCGUGGAGUCAAGGUCACCAUCAAUUCGGACGACCCGGCAUACUUUAGAGGAUAUGCAAAUGAGAAUAUGGAGAAGAUGGCGACCGACACCGAUGUGACCAGAAAGGAGCUUGUUCAGCUCCAAAGGAACGCGUUCAACAUUUCUUGGAUCUCGUCCUGGCGAAGAAAUCACUUUCUUUCGCUCUUGGAUGAGUAUGAGAACAGAACCAUACCAAGAAUGGUGAAUGGCGUGUAAAACAUUGUAUGACUGCAACACGACUAAUGGGUAUCAUGUGGCGAAACGUAAAAUCAAUACAAUCGGCCGGAUUCAUUUCUCCAUGGCCUUCGCUUCGAGUGCCACUUCAUCGAAGAAUGUCGCUCGCAGCUGUACUAUCGCUGCCACCUCGAGGAUGAAUUCCUGCAAGAUCACAGCGUUUGUCAAGACAUGGCUCAGGCUUGCAUAAGCCCGCGACCCAGUGUCAUUACGACUAGAUGGAGUGCUGGAUCCAGAAUUUCUACCGUCCGCCAAUCCAGUGGGAACAGCUGACAUUUCUAAACUGGAG